UGUGUGGAAUAGUUCGUAUUCUUCUGUCUCUUUUGGUGCCAGGAUAUUGUGUUUGGGUGCGCCAAUUACUUUGAUGCAGCUGAGAUCUUUCACUUUUCUUUUCUUUCUUUUUUUUUACCAUGUUAAAUGUUUAUAGCUGCAUUUAUCGACAAGCAGAACCUACCCACACACAUGACUGAAGAAGUUCGUGUCGAAACGCGUGAUGCCAAACUAAACCCCAGUUGACAGUUUUUCACGCUGUAAUGUUUUGCAUAGCAACAGCCCCUCCCCCCUCAGACUGCCAGGGAUCCUCUUCAAAUUACCAAACAGGGACACGAACGCAAACAACCCCAAAUGACGAUAAUUAAGCACCAAAAAUAAACAACAUCCCUAAUUUUGGUUUCCGAGGAAAAUACAGAAUUCUCUCGGUUCAAACGUUUGCGCAAAUCUAGACGAAUCCGCGUGUUUUUAUUUUCUCUGUGCCACCGAAGCGGUUAACGCGAGACCCGAAAAGGAGCGAAGUCUGCACAGCAACAAGCGCCAUUAUUACGUUGCAUGGUGCGUCUCAGCAGCUGGGGUAACCAUGGAGCAGCUGGAAGAGGAACUUACGUGCCCAAUCUGCUGCGGUCUCUUCGACGACCCGCGGGUUUUGCUGUGUUCGCACAGCUUUUGCAAGAAAUGCCUGGAGGGCUUGUUGGAAGGCAGCCGUGGUCCGGCUUUCAGAACACCCUUCAGAUGCCCCACUUGCCGCAAAGAGACGCCUCACAACGGCGCUAACAGCCUGCAGAUUAACUAUUCUCUGCGGGGAAUAGUGGAAAAAUACAGCAAGAUAAGAGUGAUGCCUAAAAUGUCUGAAUGUAAACAACACUGCGGCCAGCCACUGAACAUAUUUUGCGCCACGGACUUAAAUCUCAUUUGUGGGUUUUGCGCAACGACAGAUGACCACCGAGGACACGCAUACUGCUCCUUGGAGGAGGCGUACGAGCAAGAGAGGGAGGCGUUUGAAGUGCUGCUUCACGGGGUGAAGAGCUGGCAGAGCGCAGACGUCCUGUCCUGCCUGGAGACACUGCAGGCCAGUAAGAAAAAGGCGCUUAUGUCGGUGAGCAAGGACGCAGAAAAGGUGUCAGAGUAUUUCGACAAACUCAUCAGUACCAUUGAGAGCAAAAAGAACGAAAUACUCUCCGAUUUUGAAACUCUGAAGCUGAUGGUGUUACAAGAAUACGACCCGGAGAUCACCAAGCUGAGCGCAGCGAUCGAGGACCACGGGCGUGCGCUCGGCAUCGCGGAUUCUUUCGCUGGCGUCUCCGACCCCCUGUGCUUUCUGCAGCAGAUGCAGGAGUUUCGGGCAAAGCUGAAGGUUCUGAAGGAGACUCCACGGCCCUCUCGGAAAGACUCACAAGUCGGUCCCCUUGUGCGCAAUUUCGAUGUCAAAAGGUGGGAUUCACUGCGGCUCGGCGACGUGGACAAGAUCUCAGUGCCGCACGAGAACGGCUCCUACCGAACGGGGGGCUCCCGGGUGGCGGUGCCUCGGUGGAUCGCCCUAAACACAGUUCUCUUACUGUCGACUCUGCUCCUGCUGCAGCCGCACAAACUCGCAGCCUACGUGCCCUCGCAGAUUGAACCAUUGCUUACUGCUGUUUCCUCGCACGUGACCCACACCGGCGUGUACCUGCGGGAGUUGACUGGCAUGUACACAAGUAUGAUAGGUGCAGGUCAGGAAUGUAUCGGGAGCUUAAUCAAAUCUGCUGUCAGUUUUUUCUUUACUGACUAAUGUCUGCCAUGCACCCCCAGCUGCAAAAGUGCCCAUGAGGGGCAUCCAAUUAGGGACAGAUAUGCACCUGAGUAAUGUUUGUGCCUUCUUUUUUUGACCAAGCGUCAACUUCCAACGAAGCCAUAUAAUCUAACCUUAGUACGGAAAAGUUGUAGCAUCUGUUUAUAUCAGAUAGAAAUCAUCGAUCAAUUUCUUUUUUUAAGUACACGACUACAGUGAUCUUGAUCAAAUAAAACCGAGAAUUAAGUCACAUCCGUGAGUGCUAUUAUUACGUUUUUUUAACAAGAUGCAACAUACAAAAUCAAAUAUUUAGACACACAAUCUAGGCUCUUUAAUUAAGCAAGUGUGUGAAAUACUAAACGACACGUACAGAGUGAUCCCUGACUUCUCCCCUGCAGAACGCGUCCGCGCAACAGGGAUGCUGCAACCUCCUCAAGGUUACAAAGGUUGCAUAACAGGCCCCGUGUGAAAUAUUCACCAGGCUGCAGUGAGGGAGGAAAUCAAACGAACACGAUCCUAUGCUUGUCAUGUUUUCAUGAAACCCGAUCUGCUGACUGCUCAUUUUCCCCUUAUCGUUAAUAACAAAACUGAGGCAAGGGUGUACGAUAGUGACGUGCGCUUGGCAUUCAGUCGAUUUCCACACCAGAGCUAUUUGGGGAGGUAAAUGUGACUCAUUCGUUGCAUGACUUGUCAAUUCUAUAAAGGCAAGACAUCUGCAGCCUGUUGGGUAAAAUACACAGACCUAUUUUUUUGCUAUGCAUUUGAGUUAAAUGACUUGCAAGCCGCAAAUUAAAAUAAAUGUGGGCGAAAUGGAGUUGUUAAACUUUUUAAACACAGGAUAGCUCAGUGAGAUUUUUUUGGCAUGUCCCCCAAAAGGAUCUUUAUAAAAAUAGGUCAGGGAAAACGACAAAUAGUGAAUUGUGCAUUGAUCUCAUUAUGUUUAUCUAUUAAUGUAUUCAUCCUCCGGAGUAGGGAGCAUUUAAAACAAAUCCUAAAUCAGACCACAAAGUGAAUCCGUGAUGUCAGCACUGACCAUAAUUCAGGAUGUACGUCAUGGCACGCAUACACACACAUAUAUAUAUAUAUAGACCUCUGUUGCCAGGCAAAUAUAGGGUGAAAAUAAAUAUACUCUACAUUAAUAUUUUAAUUUUCACUGCACGCAAAAACCUUAAAAAGGUCAACUCACACCAAAUAAAAAAAUAAUAUUGUGAAUAACAUUCAUAAAUAAUACCCUUCGGAUAAAAGUAAUGAGGGGAGAGACAGAUUGCGCUGUCGGACACUGAGGUUUAAUAAAAAGUAAUGAAAAGCUUCAAGUCCCCAUGCAUGCAAUGAACUACUUCAAUAAAUGUCCAGAUAUUGAAUGUAGCCGUCGCCGCGUUUACGUGUAUCACCGGAUAAUGUCCCGCACUCUUACACCAUUUCACGUGGAUUAAAGAAGAUCGUGGUGUUACUGUGAUACAAUUUCUUCAUUUUUCUUUCCUUUUGCUGUAUCAAUUUUACAAUUUUGUUUUCUGGCAAAAUUGUUUGCAGCCAAAGUACAAGAGCAAAGAGGGAUGCGUUAUUUUAAAAGGAUAACUUAAAAUUAGUUAAAAUCUAUACGGCCAAUAAAAAAGGUAAAUGUUUACAACAAAGAGUCUCGAAAGUAAAACAAAAAGUAAAGCAUAAUUGAUGUGGGACAAACUGGAAUUUCAUUCCGUGCAUCGGUAUCGAGACAGCGUCAACACUUUGAUGUGCCGUUUCUCUAAAUACUCAACAUUGUCACACAUCGCUUUAAGUAACCGCACGUAUUAAGGGAAAUACCCUAAUAUAAAAUGUAUAUCAUUUAUAUUAAAGUUGCUAAUAAAUUACGCGGAACGUGGUUAAUAUUUACAAACACAGAAAAUGAUCCACUUUGCAGCAUUGUAUAGAAAUGAUAUAUAUUAUAAAGGCUAAUCUUUUUACAUAAUUAUAAACAUAUAUGUUUAAUAUUUUUCCAUUUUAGACAAAAAUACACGCAAAAAAGGACUUUCAUUUAUGAUUUUAUAUGAGUUUAACGUUAAUUAUAUUUGCGAGAACAAAUUCAAAAUCAUCAAGACAGGCCUGCAAGGCCAAAUGUACCCAUAAAUGCCGCAAUAUGCGUUUAUGGAUAGUGGCCGCACACAGUCCUGAUAUUUUGACGAUGGCAUCAGAAAAUCUACAAAAAGAUGAAUGUCAUUAAUAAACGCAUUCAAGGUA